AUGGAUCCUGACUGCUUACUGGGGAACCACGGAGCCACUAACAGCUGGCCUAGCCCUCCGCAUCUGUGCCGCCAGUCCCCGGCUGGAACAAUAUGGGGAGCCAGGAGCCCAAAACGGCAGAGGCUGCAGCCCCUGGGGGCCCCCUCGCCAUUGGAAAAGGCCUCGAGGCGAGUCCUGGCUGUAGUGCUGGAAGAUGUCAUGGCUCCCCAAAUGGCCCCCCUGGCUCCCCAAGUGGAGCCUGAUACCCUGCGGCACCACAGGAACCAUCAGGAUUCUUUCUGCAGUCAACCACCUGCCUUGCCACCACAAGAGUCUCUGUGGGCCUCACAGGACAGACCUCCAGAUCCGCUGCACUUAUGCCGAGAGCCUUUGAGCCGUGUUCACCAGACCCCUUCCUUGAGGUGUCGAUCAAGAACAACCCCUGGCCUAGGGGAAAGCUCUUCACAAAAGGUGGACCUGCCCCUGCAGCCCACUCUGGUGGUGAUGCUAGAAGACAUUGCCAACCCCAGAUCCCCAGCUCAGGACUUCUCCAAUGAGACUCCCAGCUUUGUUCCAGUGCAAAGAGCCAACACCACAGCAGUGAUACACCAGCCAAUGCCUCCACCUGGGGAUAUGGACCCUCCAUUCCAGACAUCUGCCCCACCUUCAGACCCACUGGAGAGCCCAUCACCAGCCCCAGAUCCUGCUCCGGAGCCCCCAGUGACCCCACCAAUAUCCAGUCUUUUACGCCCCCGCCUCAGUCCCUGGGGCUUGGCCCCCCUGUUCCGAUCUGUCCGUUCCAAGCUGGAAAGCUUUGCUGACAUCUUCCUCACCCCCAACAAAGUCCCAAGUUCGCCAUCACCUUCGCCUCCCAUGAAAUUGGAGUUGAAGAUCGCCAUUUCCAACACCGAACACUCUGAGGCUGCAGAGACCACAGUGUCUGUCAGUCCUAGGCCUCCCAUCCGCCAGUGGCGGAUCCAAGACCCUAACCCUCCAGCAUCACUCCCUAAGUCUUUGGGCCGAAGUCACUCUUGCCCUGAUCUGGGGCCCCCUUGUCCAGACACCUGCAGUUGGCCCCCUGCUCCACCCCACAGAAGUGGGCCCAGGCCCCGGCGGCAUACUGUGGGUGGUGGGGAGUUGACUCAGGCUCCGCCACCUCCUCGGCCUUGUCUCCGGAAAGAGGUCUUCCCUCUCGGAGGAAUGGGAGCUUCUCUCAUCACAUCUUGCUCGUCUACCACAUCCACUUCCUUCUCUGAACCUGCAGAACCCAGGUUGGGCUCAACCAAAGGGAAGGAGCCAAGGACUUCAGAGAAUCGGGUGUUUUCAGACCCUGAGAUCAAGACCAGGGGAAAGGUUUCUCUAUUCCGAAUACGCAGGACACCUGCCCGUACUCAGCUAAACCUUACACCAAUGGGGCUGCCUCGGCCAAUCAGGUUGAAUAAGAAGGAGUUCAGCUUGGAAGAAAUUUACACCAACAAGAAUUAUAAAUCACCUACAACCAGAAGGACCUUUGAGACCAUCUUUGAGGAACCUCGGGAGCGCAAUGGAACUCUCAUUUUCACCAGCUCCAGGAAGCUCCGGAGGGCUGUUGAAUUCCGGGACAGCAGCCUUCCUCGAUCCCGACGGCCAACUCGAGGGGUCCGGGCUUCGGCUGGCAGGACCCUUCCGCACAACAUGGGCUCCAGCUCAGAUGUGGGACCCCUGCUGCAGCAGCGGCUGGAUGAGCUGGAUGCCUUGUUUCUAGAGGAGGGAGUGGACACGGAGCAACCUCACUGAUUCUUGGAGCGUCAUUUGUCUAACAGCCCUGGAGCAGGGCAAGCCUCUGAGGCACUUCUAUUUUUUGUUCGUUUGUUUCUAGUAAAGUUUCUAUAAGUUUCUGA